AUGGCUUAUAACGAAGACUAUGGUCCAUUGGCACCAGCUAGCGAUACUCUGUCGCCUCUACCUAGUGGCCAUCGGAAUGGACUCAUCGCCGUAGCCGUCUGCGGCAUGGUGUCAUUUGUCACGACGUCCACAUUGUUCUUAUUCCUAACGUAUAAGUUAGUUACAUGGCAUUUGGGGAACCCAAAGGGAAUUGACGAGGAUCACCAAACCCCAGCAAACGAUCUGUCUCUGGGUUUAGCCCAAAGGAAUUUUGGGUCAUCCAAGAAGGCUAUUCCACAAGGACACGAUGAAGAACGGCGGCGACGACAAGCAGUGGGACGAGGGCCGCCAAACCAGUUUCUCGUCCUCGUAUAUAACUUGUUCUUCGCCGACAUGCACCAGGCUACGGCAUUCAUGUUGAAUAUUCCGUGGAUCCGGAAGAACGAGAUUACCGUAGGAGUUCCGACUUGCUGGGCGCAGGGUUGGUUUGUGUCGACGGGAGAUUUGUCUGCGAGCUGCUUCAUAUGCGCCAUUGCUAUUCAUACUUAUCUAACCGUCGUGAGAGGGUACAAACCGCCGCAGUGGGCCUUGUAUCUUGCCAUCGUCGGUUUAUGGGUGUUUAUUUAUGUUAUGGCUAUUGUCGGUGUGGCCGCCACCAAUGACGGGAAAGGGGCCGGUGGGUUUUAUGUUCGCGCAGCAGCUUGGUGUUGGAUAAACGUUAGAUUCGAGUCGCUUCGUCUAUGGCUUCACUACAUAUGGAUCUUCCUCUCGUUCAUCAUGACAAGUAUCCUGUAUUCGCUUAUAUUUUUCUCCCUUCACCAGAAAAGGGCGUUUUCUCAGCCCCUUUCGCAUAGUCGUCCAUCAGCUUCGACACGGUCGGAUACGAAUAAUACAUCAACCCAGACAAACCCUUCGGGCCACCAUCCCGCCUUCCUUGUCUAUCCGGUCAUAUAUAUAUUAUGUACGGCACCGUUAGCAUUGGGCCGUGUGGUGAGCAUGUCUGGAACGGAAGUAAGCAUAGCUUAUUUCUGCCUGGCAGGCACUAUGAUAGCCUCUAAUGGAUGGUUGGACGUCCUAUUGUUUUCGACCACACGACAUUCUAUCAUAUUUAACGCGCCCCUCGACUCCGAAGACACGGGGUUGGAGACAUUCGCGUUUAUGAGGACACCACACUGGAGACAGUACGGAAAUAUGAUUUGGGUGCAGGGUGGAGCUCACACUAGUAACGGCGAAGAUGGCCGGCAAGGUAGGGGACGGAGGAGGGCAGUAUGGGGACUGGGAAGGCUCGGAGAGUUGAUCGGGUGGGACGGGAGAGACGGACGUUCUAAGAAUAGCAGCAGCCGCUGGGUCGGAGGUCCAGGUAGCGGGAGCCAGGAAUCCUUAAGGGGUAUUACGAGAGCAGCAGAGGCGGGAAUCCAGAUGGAUACCGUGACGACGGUCGUAGUAGAGGUUGAGCAAGAACAUUCCAAGACGAGAUCACGAGAACCUUCUGCUCACUCGAUUGACAGUUCAGAAAAAGUACACGAGCAAAGGGCGGGAAGCUUGCGUCUAUGA